UUUAACCAUUGUUUAGUCGUCGCCGUCGUCGUGUGUAAACAGUAACAGCGCUGUGAAUGAACAUAGUCGAUCGCGAUGCGCGCCCGUGCACUCGUGUUCUAGUGUGAUCGAGAUUCGGGAGCGCGUUAGCGUGCAACUACAGGAGAAUAGAACCGCUUUGACGGACUUGAAUAUUACGGUGUAUGUUUGGUCGUACUUUAUUUUAAUAAUUUUUUUCUCGUACCGUUUAUGGUUGACAUUUUAAUAUACACACGACUCUGUGUUGGUAAAAUUCUGUUGAAAGACGUGACGAGUUUCCGCUUAUUUUUUCGAAGAACUGCACUGAAACUGCCACUGUCGCGUCCGCUGAAUUCUAACACACGCGCACGCGUGCGGCGCGUUCACGUAAACCUUGUACAAGUAUUGCAGUGCUUUACCAUGACGAACUAGUCCGUCGUUAACGAUUAUCUAAACGCUGUUGCCUGUGUAGCGAAUGCAACGAGUCCUCCCUACUGCUUUCAUUCCAUCUGAACACUAUCGUUUUCCACGCCGGUAAUCGGCUAACCAGGAACAGUAGAAUUUGGGUGAAUUAGUAACUGUACUUAGUUUAUUAUGUACAAUGAUGAAAUUAUUUUGAAGGCGGCAUUAAUGUAUCCUCAAGAUCUUUCAAUUAAUGAUAGUUAUAUUCUUAAAACACAGUUGUGCAUUUGGAGAAAUAGAUUUAAAAAUGAACCAAUACAAUAAUAAGAAAGUUCGUCUCAUUACCAUGUUUUGGCUGACAACAUUUUUCUUUUUGGUUGAAAUUGUUGUUGGCUAUAUAACAAAUUCAAUGGCUCUUGUUGCAGACAGUUUUCAUAUGCUUAGUGACAUUGCAGCUUUGGUUGUUGCAUAUUUAUCAGUUAAAAUGUCUCCGAAAAAAUGGUCCAAAAACACAUUUGGGUGGGCUAGAGCUGAAGUACUUGGGGCUCUAGUAAAUGCUGUGUUCUUAGUAGCUUUAUGUUUUUCUAUAACUGUGGAAGCAAUUAAAAGGUUUAUUGAAGUAGAGCUCAUUCAUAAUCCUGAAUUAAUUAUUGUGGUCGGAGUUUUAGGAUUGAUUGUGAACAUUUUAGGUUUAUUUUUGUUUCAUGCUCAUGGAAUUGGACAUGGUCAUUCCCAUGGGGGCAUAUCUCGUAGCCAUACACGGCUUACUCAGUUGGUAAGCGCUGGAGCUAGUGCUAAUGCUACUGAUGAUAACGAUAAUGAUCAACGUUUCAAUGAACCAAUCAGUCAUUCUCAUAAUGAAUCUGUUGCUCAUGAUAUGAAUAUGCGAGGAGUAUUCUUACAUCUUCUAGCUGAUGCUUUAGGUUCAGUCAUUGUAAUUAUAUCAGCUUUGAUUGUAAGUUUAACUGAUUGGGAAUAUUGUUGCUACAUUGAUCCUGCCUUAAGCACAUUAAUGGUGAUUAUUAUCUUGCAUUCAGUGUGGCCAGUAUUGCAAGAGUCUGCACUUAUAUUGCUGCAAACAGUGCCUACUCAUAUUCAGGUAGAUGCUAUACAAAAAAGACUAUUAGAUAGAGUUGAUGGAGUAUUAGCGGUACACGAGUUCCAUGUCUGGCAAUUAGCUGGAGAUAGAAUUAUAGCAUCUGCACAUAUUAGAUGUAGGAAUUUAUCUGAAUAUAUGAAAUUAGCAGAAAAAGUUAAAGAAUUUUUCCAUAAUGAAGGUAUUCAUUCGACUACUAUUCAACCUGAAUUUGUAGAAGUUGAAGUAACUGAAAAUAGGAAUGAAAAUGAAACUCCUACAGAAGACUGUGUAUUAGAUUGUCCUAAAACUGACAUACCAUGUCAAUUACAAACUUGUUGUGGUCCAUCAAAACAAGGUCGUGAAACACCAUCUCCUGUUGAUACACCAUAUAUGUGCCGACAACGCAAUACUACUUCUGUUACAAUUGAUGCUACCAACUGUUCACAAACAGGUAAUACUCAAGAGAGUGAAAUGGAAAGUGGCGCAUUAUUAUUGGGUGAUAGAAUAAAUAUUAGUCUAACUUCUGGAGGAUUUCUCACUGGUGGAUAGUAUUUUUUUGUUUUAUAACAAAUAUAUGUUUUUUUCAUAACUAUUACAAUUAACAAUUUAGCAUAUAGUUGCAGUGGUAACUAUUUUAUCAUUGAAAACUACCAUGUGAAAAUAAACUUCAUUAUAUAGCUACUAUUAAUAUAUUGUAUU